AUGGCCCGCCUCGUCGACCUGGUUCCCUGGGAUGAUGGCUCCACCCACGUGCAAGCGACCCCAGCCAUCCUGAUCCCAGCUGAGCCAAAGCGUUGCAUGCUGGCCGGGGUCAAGUGGCAGCUCUACCAUCCAGCUCUGCCCACCCUGCGCCGCAUGGACAUGGACACCGUCAGGGGCUGCCUCUCUGACGAACACAGCCAGUCUAGCACAUACUGCUGCAAAGACGAGUUUGACAAUGCCUACUUUACCCUCCUCGGAGUUCCCAACAAGCCCCUGCAGUGCUUGGACAUCACAGCGACUGGCCAGAAGUUCCGCCACAGAUACCGAGAAGAGAGACUGGUUCCCAUUGUCCCAGGCAUCAACCAGGUCAACUGGCCCUGCUUCACGCGCGCCAUCGAGGACUGGUCCCGCUUCGUGUCCUCGGCUGGAGAGUUCAAGCUGCCGUGUUUAGACAAGAAGAUUGAGAGUUUCAGCGGCUACGCAGUGCGGCACUUGAAGCCGGAUGUGACCCAGAGCUGGCGGUUCUGCCUCAGCCAGAACCCCAGCCUAAACCGAUAUGGACAGAAGCCCCUGCCCUACGAUACUCUGAAUGCGGUCCGACACUUUGGCUCCACCUACAGUCGUGUCAAAUACCUGACCCCAUGGCGUUAA